AUGGACGACGACUAUGUUGCGGAGGUCCUUGCGCGCGAGGCGCGCGACACCUCCAGGAAAUAUCAGACGGAAGGACUUGCCGCCCCGACGAAUGACGCCCCCAAACCGAACACCCGCUUCCUGCGACAUCUCAUCAAAGAAUCAGAGAGCCACAAUUCGGCACUCAAGCGCAAGGAAGAGAAAGAGGCAAGAGACCGUCUGCGUCAUCUUCACGGCCGUCCCGAAGAAAGACCAGUAUCUAAGCUUGCCCCCUCGUCACAGAAAAGUCGCGAUGUACCUGCUGGCACAUCGGCCGCGGACAGAAAGCGCAGAGAUGAACAUCUUGAUCGCUCGAGGCAAGACGAGACUGAGGUCGACGGUCUCGCCCUCGAGACGACCACAGCCGCUCAUCGCGAGCUAGUCACGGGCGACGGGACGGGGAUCGCUUAG